CCCUAUUAAACAAUUUGCUAAAAAAGGAUAUAUCUUACAAUUGAAUAAACAAUAUCAAGAGAUUUUUGAAAUACUUAAGGAAAAGUUGAUAACUACGCCAAUCUUAUCUUAUCCUGAUUUCAAUCAAUCUUUUAUUUUGAGUACUAAUGCAAGUACUACAGGACUAGGUGCAGUACUUUCACAAAAAAACAAUGAAGAAAGAGAAUAUCCUAUUUGGUAUGCAAGUAGAACAUUGAGCCUAGCUGAAUAA